AUGGCCGAUGACGAACAAGCUGCGCAACCAGUAACCAUUAGCACACCGUCGGUUUCUAUACAACCUCUACCUGAAUUUAAUCUUGAUUCAGAAGUCGGAGCGAGUUUAGCCACUCGUUGGACGAAUUGCCUCGAUGAUUUUGAAAUGUUUAUACUUGCCAGUGGCAUCACAGAAGAGAAACGCAAACGUGCCUUGCUUCUCUAUCAAGCGGGACAACGCGUCAGAGAAAUUUUUCGCCAAUUAUCGAACACGGGAACAACAGCGGACUAUAAAACUGCUACAGACAAGCUCACGUAGUAUUUCGAACCUUAAAAGAAUCGUCGUUACGAAGUAUACCGGUUCAGACAAGCUACUAAAGAAACACACGGAACGUUAGAUCAGUUUCAUACGCGUUUACGUACGCUCGCCCAAACGUGUUCUUUCGCAGACGCAGAUUUCGAGAUCGAGCAACAAAUUGUUACGGCUGGCUCAUCAUCUAUAGAAUUCGAAAGAAAGCUCUACGUGAUCCUACGUACGACCUGAAAGCUAUUCUCAUUGAUGGUAGACGUGAUGAGCAAAGUGCUUAUCAAGCUCGUGAUAUUGAGUCGAAAGAACAGAAAAAUGAAGCUAUACGAAAGCUUCAAGAAACCACAACGAAAUGUCGGAAUUGCGGCGGCUUAUAUCCUCACACGAAUCAUUGUCCGGCGAAAAAUAAACAAUGCAUAAAAUGCGGAAAACAGAAACACUUUGCAAAAGUCUGUCGCAGUAAACCUGAACAGAAAGAACACUCCCCUGCAAGUCAAGGAAAACGUUAUAAACAUAAAUAAAAAAAACCGUAAAACCUUUAAAGAAACAUUGAACAUGAGAAAUACGAUACAGAGAGCUCUGAUAGUGACGAGAACUAUCUGUAUGCUGUGACGAAUACCACAACACCAAAAGUGAAUGUAAAGAUAUGCCAACAUUAUUUUAAAGCUACUGUUGACACAGGCGCGUCAAUUAACGUCAUUGAUCAAGAUACAUACGCUAAACUGAAAGGACUAGAACUUUAACGAACAAGCGUUAAAGCAUUUGCGUAUAACUCUGCAAAACCCGUGAAAUUCAUAGGGAAAUUCGAAACGACAGUUGAAACUCGGAAACGUAUCGCAGUUGCGACAUUCUAUGUUGCUAAGACAACCGACAGCGGUAAUCUGAUCUCGUUGACAACGGCUCAAGAAUUGGGUCUAACCAGUUUAUAUCUCAAUAAAGUGUCAAUGACGAAAGACAAGAAACUCGGAAAGAUACUAGAUAAACACGCUAAAGUAUUUAGUGAUCUCGGUAAAUUGAAAGGUGAAAAGGUGGAACUCAAUAUUGAUAAAGAACAUGCCCCAAAAGCGCAGCCACAACGACGCAUUCCGUAUCAUAUUCGAGAGGACGUGAAAUGCGCACUCUCAGAAUUAGAACAACAGGACAUAAUUGAACGUGUCCCUGACAAUCAACCAACACCCUGGAUAUCCGCCAUUGUAGUAGUGCCUAAAAAAAAUGUUGGUGUCAGAAUUUGUGUUGAUAUAAGAGAAGCCAACGCGGCUAUCAAGCGAGUUCGACAUCCAAUCCCUACGGUAGAAGAUGUCAGUUUUGAACUCAACGGAGCUAAAUAUUUUUCUAAGCUUGAUCUUUCCCAAGCGGCCUAUUUUGACACACAGAAAGCAACAUACGUAACCAGUCCAGUAGGAGUCUCUGACAUUCUUUCCCAAAAAUCAACGGAACAAAAUGAUGAAAAAGUUGUAGCGUACGCAAGCCGAGCUUUGGCGGACGUGGAGAAACGAUACACCCGAACCGAAAAGGAAGCACUUGCCAUAAUUUGGGGUGUAGAACACUUCUAUUUAUACAUCUAUGGCAACGACUUCACUCUAAUUACCGAUCAUAAACCAUUGGAAGUAAUCUAUGGUGGUCGCAAGUCCAAACACUCCGCUAGAUUAGAAAGAUGGGUCUUGCAUCUACGACCAUAUUCAUUCAACGUAGUCUGCAAACCAGGAGCAAACAAUCCUGCCGACUAUUUGUCCAGACAUCCACCACAGACAAGUUUGAAACAACAUAAAUUGACAGAAGAGUAUGUGAACUUUCUUACUCAGAACAGUAUCCCAAAAGCUAUGACAUUGGAAGAGAUUCAAGCAGCUACUGACUCAGACAGAACAUUGACAGGACUAAGAGCUGCUACAAAACUAAAUAAAUGA